AUGGGUGUUUUCAAAAGCAAACUCGUUCGUCCUGAACGUGUCGCGACCGAUACAGUGCUCCCUUUACAUCCUAUGGACGACACUUCGGUUAACAAAUCCUUUAUUUUAUAUCUAAUGCUUCGCUUCGACGACAUACUAGAUCCUGAGAAGCUUCGUUCUUCCUUGGAGACACUCCUGGAGCAUGGAAAUUGGAAAAAGCUUGGAGCAAGACUUCGCCUAAAUGAUCAAGGGAAAUUAGAAUACCAUAUUCCCUCGGAGUUUUCCUCCAAGCGGCCAGCAUUCACUUACACCCAUGACCAAAGAGAAUGUUCAAUUGAAGAAGACUCCUUAGCUUCAUCAUUGCCAAAAUCUACCGCCAAUGCCGUUCCAACAAUAUAUUCAGGCACUUCCAAAUGGUCCUCCUUGUCUCACAAUGAACAAGAUCCAACACAUAUUAACGAUUACUUGUACCAAGAUAGACCUCAGCUUUCGCUUCACAUUGUAUCCUUCAACGAUGCUACCCUUGUGUCUGUCGGAUGGCCACACACUUUGCUGGAUGCUAUGGGCCGAGCUGAGUUAUUCAAAGCAUGGAUUCUCAGUCUUAACGGUCGUGUUGAUGAAGUUCCAGACCUUGUAGGCGUUGACUCAGAUCCUCUUGCUAAUUUCGGAAAGACUUGUGUCGAGGAGUCUGCAAUAAAACCUUACAGCUUGAAUGGCUUCGGAUUCUUUGUAUUCGUCAUCAAUUAUAUUCUCGAGGCGGUUCUGUAUCCCAAAGAAACCUCACGUCUGGUCUGUCUUCCAGCUUCGACCCUUGCAAAGAUGAAAUCUCAAGCGGUCUCCGAAGUUAAGGCGAAAGAUUCAAAAGCCUUCCUCUCUGAUGGCGAUGUUAUUUGCGCCUGGUGGACUCGCUAUGCUGCUCUGUAUCUCAAAGGCAAGAAGGAUCGCACUGUUGUCGUGAUGAAUGCUUUUGGUCUGCGGUCAACGCUCGCUUCCCCUCAAUCGAAUGGCUCAUCACCUCUUCUUCCAGAGGGCAAACCAUAUAUCUCGAAUUGUGUUCAGGCGGUUUUUGGUUUCGUUCGAUUAUCAGAAAUUUACGACAAACCAUUAUCCCACACCGCCCAUCUCGUCCGUAGAUCGCUCAUAGAACAAGGCACGUACGCUCAGCAAGAAGCAUUGGCGUAUGAGGCCAAGCGCCUCAAAAGACACGUCAUUUAUGGAGGCAGUGAUUGCCUGAUGAUUGUCUUUAGCAACUGGUCAAAAGCAAAAUUUCACGACAUCGACUUCUCGGCAGCAGUGGUGAAGAGAGGCAAAGGGAAAGAAAACAGGGUUGGAAGGCCGACUUACAUCCACACAAAUGGAUACAGCAAAGGCUACUCUACGAGAAAUGCCGGUCCGAUUCUUGGAAAGGAUGAAAAUGGAAAUUAUUGGAUGCUUAUGACGAUGAGGGACGGGAACUGGAAGGCAGUUGAAGAAGCUUUUGAAAAGGACUGGGGAUCGCCAAGUCGCAUAUGA